ACCUCUCUCUCUCUCUCUCUCUCUCCCUCUGCUCUGCCCCAAAAGUAGGCUACACUUUUUGCUCGCGCAUCCACGCACAAUUAUUUGUUGGACUUCGAUCCCCUCCCCUUCACUACCUCCUCGCCGGCGCCCCGCGCGAACCAGCCUGACAUUGCCAUUCUCCCCACCACCCUCCCGCGAGGCCGAGAUCAGGACCUCGCCGCCAUGGCCGCGCUUAACGACCGCGGGGACACCGCCAUUAAGCUCUUCGGCCGCACAAUCCCGCUCCGCGACGCCUCCGCCGAGGUUGUCACCAAGCCAAGAAAUGAUGCAAACAACGACGAUGUCAUGCCAACUGUCUCCGACAAGCUGCUGAAUGUUGACGCAACACCUUUCUGUUCCAACAAUACUGAGCAGAAUGGUUUGCAAACUAUCAGCAGACAUGGCGGGAAAAUGGGAACUGAUUCCAAGUCUCAAAUUAAGUCCGAAUCUGAUGGAUCUGGCCAAGAGAAUGUACUGAAGAAGCCUGAUAUGAUAGUACCAUGCCCUCGCUGCAAUAGCAUGGAAACAAAGUUCUGCUACUUCAACAAUUACAAUGUUAGCCAGCCUAGGCACUUCUGCAGGAAUUGCCAGAGGUAUUGGACUGCUGGUGGAAAUAUUAGGAAUGUUCCUGUAGGUUCUGGAAGACGCAGAAAGAAUGCAAUUCAGUACCACCAUGCUCUGAUGUCGUGUGGUAAUAAUAUAGCUGCUCCUGGAGAUGUCUCCAGUGCAAUUCACCAUCUAGCUCUUCCCCUUGUACCUCCUGUCCUUCCAGGGCCAAUUAAAGAAAAUGAAAGGGUGAAGGAAGUUGGAUCUGAAGUGCCAGUUUUACAGUCCACGGCUUCAAUCCUUAAUAGUAGAGAACAGAAGGACACUCACCUUGUUUCCUUGGCCACUGGUGAUAAUAAGGAAGAACAAUCAUGUCCAUCUUCUGCACCAGUAUCGGAUUGCUCAAACCAGAUGCCGGGUAGCGCAGAUAAAAAUGAGCCCAGCAAUGUGUCAGGAUAUUGUAAUGGUGUCACAUUGUCUCACCCUCACGGUCCUGCUUUGGUGUUUCCCUGGAGUCCUGCGUAUAACAGUAUUGCUUUCAUGGCAGCUACUCAGUGCUCGACAGAGCCUAUUCAUGGGUCUGAAAUGGCGAGGCACAGCCUGCCUUCGUGGGUGGCUCCACCGAUGAUGGAAGCUCCAGGAAUUUGCACUCCUGUUGUUCCCUUUCCUCUGAUGCCGCCGCCUCUCUGGAGCUAUAUUUCUGGCUGGCCUAGUGGAAUGUUGAGUUCACCAUGUCAUGGGAGCAAUGGCUCUCCAAACAAAACUAACUGUUCGGAGGACAAUUCUCCAACGCUUGGAAAGCAUUCAAGAGAAGCAGACCUACACGAAGAAGAAAAGAGUGGAAACAACAUACGAGUCCCUAAAACUCUUCGGAUUGGUGACCCAGCCGAGGCCGCAAAGAGUUCAGUCUGGGAUGCUCUAGGCAUCAAACCUGAUGACAAAGGCAUGAUCAAGUCUCUCCAGCCGAAGGUUCUAAAGCAUGACAAGACGCCAGAAUCUCCUCAGACUCUGCAGGCCAAUCCAGCAGCUUUUUCUCGCUCUCAGUCAUUUCAAGAGAGGACCUGAGAAGCUUGAUGUUUUGUUUCUAACCAAUGUCAUCAACCGCCACCAGAGUGUUGUCCAAAGAGAAUGUGAUAUUCCACAGUAUGGUCAGUCCUUUUGUCUGGUGUUGUCUUGAGUUGCUAGACUGCAAGCACUUCUACAGCCAACUCAAAUCGGUUGGAGGCCUACCAGUGCUCAACUUACUGUUUAGGUUGCUCAAAUGUUUAUGCUUCUUCGGAGAGCAUCUAUGUAAAUCAUUAGGCUAGUUCUCCUGGCACUGGUUAAGUUUGGAAAGACGCCGUACUAUGAUCUGCUGGAAAGCGUCCCCCAGUAUAGACCGGUAGCUCUUACUGCGAGUGGUGUUGGAGGCCAACAAGAUAUUUGCGAUGUUCUCUUCCAUUUUUUGGAUGAUUAAUACUCUGAUGCUUGUAUCUAGCUAACUGUUCUUAAGGUUAUGCAAUGUUUGCUAUGCCAA